CUGGCCAGCCAAUGGCUGGGGUCCUAUAAACAGUGGGGUACGGGAGCUCUGGUGCUAGAGGCAAGAGGCUAGAGGUAGCCGGCAACCGUGCAGAUCGCGGCUGGGGGUCCAGGAGUUAGUGUGCCAGAGAGCGGGAGGUCAACCGACGGAGUCGGAGUCAGGGUCGGAACAGAGCCUGAGCCGGAGAGCGCCGCCCGCCCGCUUGUUGCCGCCCGCGCACCCAGCGCUGCCAGAGCCACCAGCGCAGCGCGGCCAUGGAUCCCAGCAGCAAGAAGGUGACUGGCCGUCUCAUGCUGGCCGUGGGAGGGGCAGUACUCGGAUCCCUGCAGUUUGGCUACAACACUGGAGUCAUCAAUGCCCCCCAGAAGGUGAUCGAGGAGUUCUACAACCAGACAUGGAUCCACCGCUAUGGGGAGCCCAUCUUGCCCACCACACUUACCACACUCUGGUCCCUCUCGGUGGCCAUCUUCUCUGUUGGAGGCAUGAUUGGCUCCUUCUCUGUGGGCCUCUUUGUUAACCGCUUUGGCCGGAGGAACUCGAUGCUGAUGAUGAACCUUCUGGCCUUUGUGUCUGCUGUGCUCAUGGGCUUCUCGAAACUGGGCAAGUCCUUUGAGAUGCUUAUCUUGGGCCGCUUCAUCAUCGGUGUGUAUUGUGGCCUGACCACAGGCUUUGUGCCCAUGUACGUGGGGGAGGUGUCACCCACAGCUCUUCGUGGGGCCCUGGGCACCCUGCACCAGCUGGGCAUCGUUGUUGGCAUCCUCAUUGCUCAGGUGUUCGGCCUGGACUCCAUCUUGGGCAACGAGGAACUGUGGCCCUUACUGCUGAGCAUCAUCUUCAUCCCAGCCCUGAUGCAGUGCAUCCUGCUGCCCUUCUGCCCCGAGAGCCCCCGCUUCCUGCUCAUCAACCGCAACGAGGAGAAUCGGGCCAAGAGUGUGCUGAAGAAGCUGCGCGGAACAGCUGAUGUGACCCGUGACCUGCAGGAGAUGAAGGAGGAGAGUCGGCAAAUGAUGCGGGAGAAGAAGGUCACCAUCCUGGAGUUGUUCCGCUCUCCCGCCUACCGCCAGCCCAUCCUCAUUGCCGUGGUGCUGCAGCUGUCCCAGCAGCUGUCGGGCAUCAAUGCUGUGUUCUACUACUCUACAAGCAUCUUCGAGAAGGCAGGAGUGCAGCAGCCUGUGUAUGCCACCAUCGGCUCAGGCAUUGUCAAUACAGCCUUCACUGUCGUAUCGCUGUUUGUGGUGGAGCGAGCUGGCCGGAGGACCCUGCACCUCAUAGGCCUGGCUGGCAUGGCAGGCUGUGCUGUGCUCAUGACCAUCGCCCUGGCCCUGCUGGAGCAGCUGCCCUGGAUGUCCUAUCUGAGUAUCGUGGCCAUUUUUGGCUUUGUGGCCUUCUUUGAAGUGGGCCCUGGCCCGAUCCCAUGGUUCAUCGUGGCUGAACUCUUCAGCCAGGGUCCACGCCCAGCUGCAUUUGCCGUCGCUGGCUUCUCCAAUUGGACCUCAAAUUUCAUUGUGGGCAUGUGCUUCCAGUACGUGGAGCAACUGUGUGGUCCCUACGUCUUCAUCAUCUUCACUGUGCUCCUGAUUCUGUUCUUCAUCUUCACCUACUUCAAAGUUCCCGAGACUAAAGGCCGGACCUUCGAUGAGAUUGCCUCUGGCUUCCGGCAGGGGGGAGCCAGCCAAAGUGACAAGACACCUGAGGAGCUGUUCCACCCUCUAGGGGCUGAUUCCCAAGUGUGAGGUGCUCCACGCCCCCAGCCCGGCCUGUUCCCAACAGCCCCAAGAAUCUCCCUGGAGCACAGAUAACUGGACAGACUUCCAAACUGACAGAUCUCAGUCAAGCCGGGUCUGGGGCUCCUUUCUUCAGCCAGCAAUGAUGUCCAGCAGAAUAUUCAGGACUUUAAUGGCUCCAGGAUUUUAACGAAAGCAAGACUGUUGCUUAAAUCUAUUCAGACAAGCAACAGGUUUUAUAAUUUUUUUUAUUACUGAUUUUGUUAUUAUUUUUUUAUCAGCCAGAGUCUUUUGUCCCCACACCCCAGGCUUCACCCUGAGUGGUUCAGUGCCUGAGGGUAGGGGCCAAGCCCUGUCCAGACACUUGCCUUUUUCACCAAGCUAAUCUGUAGGGCUGGACCUAUGAUCAAGGACACACUAAUUGAACUAUGAACUAUGAGGCUUCAACCCCAGGAGGUGGUUGUGGCCACCUCUUUCUGCAGACCUGGAUCUCUCCACCUUAGGGAUCGGGCUCCAUUUUGGGAUUUGCCUAUUCCCAUCUCUUCCUACCCAACCACUCAAAUUAAUCUUUCCUUGCCUGGGACCAGUUGGGAGCACUGGAGUGCAGGGAGGAGAGGGGAAGGCCAAACUGGGCUGCCAGGUUCUAGUCUCCUCUGCACUGAGGGCCAGAUGAUGACCAUGAAAGAAGGGCCAUGGGAGGCCGAAAACUCACUGCUGAAGAAAACAUGGACACUCCUGCCCUGCUGUGUAUAGAUGGAAGAUAUUUAUAUAUUUUUUUGGUUGUCAAUAUUAAAUACAGACACUAAGUUAUAGUAUAUCUGGACAAACCAACUUGUAAAUACACCAACACACUCCUUCUGUAACUUACCUAAACAGAUAUAAAUGGCUGGUUUUUAGAAACAUGGUUUUGAAAUGCUUGUGGAUUGAGGAUAGGGAUGUUUGGAUGGGAAUGAGAGAAACAAGCAAAGUUGCAACCACUGCAGUGGCUUGGGACUUUGGCUCAGGAUCCCAUCCCUUCCAAGCACCUCUGGGCAAUGUGGCCUUUAAUUGCUCAAAAAUCUGUAUGAUCUCUUUUAUUACCCAAAGAAAAUACAAUUUCUUUAUCUUGGUAUUCAAGGUAUUCCCAUCAUAUAUUUGAUAGCUGGAGUUCAAAUAAUAAUAGCUCUGAGCCAACCAUGAUGCUCAGGCUUGAUAUGAAUUAUCUUAAAUGUGAAGUAGGUGCCUGAAUCUUCAUGUGACGGGCUCACAGAAGUUAUGUGCCUUAAGUCUAAUAGCAAAUAUGUUUAAAACCCUUGCUUUUAACAAUCACACUUCAGAACCCCUUCCCCAUGCCCCACCUUCAAACAAAGUGGACUCUUUUUUUGUGUUAGCCCAGUGAAUUAUCAAGCUGUAUUUCUUCUGGAAUUGUCCCCUCUGGUUCCAGUUUGUAUACUACUGCCUCCUCUGACUUCUGACCCUCCUCUUUCACCCCUGAAUUUUAAGAGCAUUCAUCUGUUCCUUUCCUGUUGACACUGUGCCCUUCCACCCUUUAUCACAAAUCCAAGUUUCUUCCACCUGUCCUGGAAAGAAGCACUGACUAGGUUUCUCUGGGUCUGCAGAAUUAUUCAAAAGACACUCAAAAUAGCUGAAAUAAAACACAAAGGACAUUUGUCUCUAGAGACUCGGUAA